AUGGACCUCGUACCCACCUUGCGCUGCGCCAACACCGCUACGUGUUCAGCUCAAGGAAUGUCUGUCUGUUCCAAUUGCCAUCUCGUGAAGAUCUCCCCGCCGCAGUAUUGCACCAGAGAAUGUCAGAAGGCCCAUUGGAGUGUCCAUAAGAGGGACUGCAAAAGCCAAUUUAGCAAGACAACGUGGCAGCCCCAAUGGAUAGCAGAGAAGAGGGUGCCUUCGUUCAUUACGGUGGACGGGCCCAUGAUGUCUCACUAUGGCCUGAACAAGCAUCUCUGGGGUAAUACCCCGGCUUUUGACCACGUUCAGCUGUUGAAGAACGAAGGUGCGAAGUGGGAUCAACCUCUGGCGCUCUGUUUUGCUGCGUCAGGCGAUCUUCGAAAUGUGAUUACGUCCAUCAACUGCCUGCCCGAGUCCUAUCAACUGCCCUGCAAUGUGGUCAUCAACGAUCGCGAAGUGGACAUCGUGCUUCGCAACCUCCUCCUUCUCUUCACAUUCGCAUCUUUUGCACCUGACGAAGCUGCCGAGAUGGCGCUGCAUCUCUGGUACUUGCCCAAGCUUCCGUCGAAAACAAUGGCGCGUCUCCGGCCGAUCUUCAACGAGAAACUCGACAAAAUAUUCACCCACAUGGCGAAGAACCCGGGGAGCCCUCCUACCACCCUCUUGAAAGCGAAGUUCCAACUGACAGACAAGGCGUCGAUCGUAGCACUGCUGCCGAAAUGGUUCUGGUUUGAGAUGAAGAAGAUGCUCGAAUUGAAGAUGACCUCCCAGCAAGCGGAUUACCAACGACAUCUGAUCACUCUGGGUCCUGAUAGGCGCGACUAUCGUGACCGCCACCUCAGCCUCUUAGGCCCUUAUUAUCGAGUCUCCAAGAUGAAAUACUAUGAAGACGGUUUAAUUAUGCCCUUCGGAGGCGUCGACAGAAGGCUGUUUCGGCUGUUCGCCCACGCUUUGGGAACGAGGGAACUCCGUUUUACCCUUCUCGGCGAGGACGCGCGGCAUAUUCCUACAGCUCUCCCGAAACUGCUGAAGGAUACCACCCCUCAAAAAUUCGAUCGUGUGGACGUCUCUAACACGUCCGAUACAUGUUACAUAGGAAUCGAAGCGACGCUAUCCAUCCUUGGGGAUAUGUUGAAGCCCUAUCGCCAGAACCCGCACGCCACCCUCAUCACUCUAUUUCUAAACUAUUUUAUGGAGACACCCAUUUCUGAAGCAGCCGAAAUGCGAGCAUUUAGGGAGAGCAUGAAGGUAUUACGGCCUCUGUUGCUCAAGGAUGGAGAAGCUGUUCCGCCGAAACAUCCAUGCGACAGUGGGACCAUGAAGAUUAUGACCUGGAAGGGCUACUUUGAUGACAGGGAGAAGCAAUGGAGGGAGUAUGUUCAACUCCAUCGUUUUGACUUCAUAGCUGGGAAAACGGGUAUGAAGCAGAGGAUGAGCAGGACAAUCAUUGAAAAGAUGCCGCACCGUAUCAAGAAGGAUGCGAAGAUCGAUGAUGUCCUCGACGACGUUAAACACCUCGAUAUCACUGGAUUGGCUGGCAACGAGUGUUACAUAGAAUGGGUCAGAGCGCGAUAG